UUUGUGAGAGAGAAAGUCAGCGUCCAAUUUCUCUCUCUAUAUUUCUCUCUCAAAUUCUAAUUUUUUUCAUAAAUAAACAAAGAUCCCAUUCCCAAAUUUCUUUCUCCCUAAUCUCGCCGGCGACAAAAAUUCUGCAUGUUUUCCGAUUGCUCUUCACCUGACACACUCAACUUCAAAACAUGUUCUGUAGUUUGUUUGAGAUGGACAAUAAUAAUUAUCAGCAAGCUGGUGAUUUGACUGAUGUGAUUCGACCGACUUCCGCCCCCGUCGCCGGUCAUUUCUCCUCCGAAUUCUCUCUCGACUCGUUUUCCGGUGAGGGACGACUCUGGUCGCACCUUCCUGCUGACAAUUCUUCCAUGAAUUUUGGAGAUCCGUUGUCGUUUCAGACUCGAGAUCCAUUUCUUCUUCCCCAUUUUUCUCCCUUCAACUUUGCUUCUGAUGGCGGCGGUGAGGGUUUGGCGGCGGACCAGCCGUCUAAUUUACUUUCGCAUAUGUUGCAGAUCUCUCCGAGUUCUGGUGAUGGUGUAAUUAGUACUCCUCCAUGUGAGUCGCUCGCCUCAGCAGUGGGGAAUUCUCCGAGCUCGACUUCAGUUCGUGGUGGCGGUGGUGUUGUGGUUCCGACCGGUGGCUCGAACCCUCUUUGUUUAAUGGAGAAUUCCGGGAUUCAGAUCUCUUCUCCACGAAAUUCCGCAAAUAAAAGAAGGAAGAGCCAAGUGAAGAAAGUGGUGUGUAUUCCGGCACCGGCACCGGCGAACAGUCGAUCAAGCAGCGGCGAAGUGGUUCCUUCUGAUCUAUGGGCAUGGAGGAAGUACGGGCAAAAGCCAAUCAAAGGAUCCCCAUAUCCAAGGGGAUAUUAUAGGUGUAGUAGUUCCAAGGGUUGCUCCGCUCGAAAGCAGGUUGAGCGAAGUCGUACAAACCCCAACAUGCUUGUCAUCACCUACACUUCGGAGCACAACCACCCAUGGCCUACUCAACGCAAUGCCCUUGCAGGUUCUACUCGUUCCCAUCCUUCUCGAACCACCACCACUACCGCCACUAAUAAAACCAGCCCGAAACAAGAGCGCAUUAAUGACAUCCUGCCAACGACAAUGAUAAAGGAGGAAGAGAUAGAUGAAGACCAAACGACAGAUAAAGCAGCGACAACAACAAAUGAUAACCAGGAGGAGGGUGAUCAUCAAGAUUUCCCUUUUGACUUAAUUUUCACUGAAUUUGCAGAUCAAAUGAACGACCUUGAGCACGAGAACGACCACGACCAUAGUCAUCAUCUUUCAGCAGACCCUCUGAACAACAAUAUGUUGAUGUUUGGUAGCCAUGGAUUUAGUACAGGAAAUGGAGAAGGCAGUAAAGAUCCAUUUUUGGAGCUCUAUGACUGGGCAGAAAAUUCAAGUGGAAGUUUGUUCAAAGAAGCCAAGGGAGGUUGAUGGAGGGUAAUUAUCACACCACAGUUUAAAGAGAGCUUUAUAUAUAAAAAUUAAUAACAAAACUAUAUAUAUAAAAUUUUAAACAUUAUAUACACAUGCAGC